AUGCCUCGGGGGCAAAAGAGUAAGCUCCGCGCCCGUGAGAAACGCCAGCAGGCCCGGAGUGAGGCUCAGCAUCUCCAAGAUGCUCAGACCUCUGCAGCAGAGGAAGAAGAAGCCCCUUCCACUACCACUACUUCUGCAGGUGCUUCAUGCACCAGAUCUGAUGAUGGUGCUAAGAGCCAAAAUGAAAAACCAAGCACCUUCCAGGCAUUACCCAGCACUGAGUUUUCCUGUGGAACGCCUCUAGACCAGAAGGCAACUCUGUUGGUGCAAUUCCUGCUGCGCAAGCAUAAUCUGAGAGAGCCCAUUACCAAAGAAGAUAUGAUUAAGCAUGUCAUCAAAAAGUACAAGAAGCACUUCAAUGAGAUCCUCAGGAAAGCUUCUGAGCUGAUGGUGCUGGCCUUUGGCAUUGAGGUGAAGGAAGUCAACCCCACCACUCAUUGCUAUGCCCUUGUCAGCAAAUUUCAGCGCACUAGUGAUGACAGGCUGAGGGGUGAGGAGAUCAUGCCCAAGACCGGCCUCCUUAUGACCAUCCUCUGUGUGAUCUUCAUGAAGGGCAAUUGCGCCACUGAGGAGGAUGUCUGGGAGGUGCUCAAUGUGAUGGGGAUAUAUGCUGGAAGGAAGCACUUCAUCCAUGGGGAUCCCAAGAAGCUCAUUACCAAAGAUCUGGUGCAGGAAAGGUACCUGGAAUACCGCCAGGUGCCCAACAGUGAUCCUCCACGCUAUGAGUUCCUGUGGGGCCCGAGAGCCCAUGCUGAAACCAGCAAAAUGAAAGUUCUUGAAUUCUUGGCCAACAUGCAUGAUACCGUCCCCAGUGCCUUCCCAUCCUGGUAUGAAGAGGCUUUAAGAGAUGAAGAAGAGAGAGCCCGAGCCAGAUUUGCAGCCAUGCUUCGCAGCAGUACCCUGGCCAGUGUGCAUUCUGGGGCCAAUGGCCGAGGCAGCUUCUCUCAUCUGUAG